CAAUAACGCACUAUGAGAGGCCGAAAGCGGAACUUUGUGGCUUGUGUGCACUGCCGUCAAAUGAAACUGGCGUGUGACGGCCUACGAAAGUUCCCGGCUGCCUGCUCAAGAUGCACGAAGGCAGGACGAUUAUGUUCAGUCGAUCCAUCAUUCAAGCGUGUAAAAAAGAGAGAGCAAUUGGAGGCAGCCCAAAGAGAAUUGCAGGACAUAAAGCGAUCCUUGAAAGGACAUGAGCAUGGCCAAGAACCCUCAGAUAAUUCUCCCUCAACACGUGUCACACCAUAUGACAGUUUCUCGUCUCUCAGGUCUGAAAUCCACAUUUCUGAUAGUGUAUUUACUAGUAAAACAAUAGGGGGAGCUGAAAUUUCAGCAGAUUUAAUCCGAGACCUUUCAAUGGACUUUUCCGAAAAUUAUCAUCGGCAAUGCCCCUUUUUACCACCGUUUCCCACAUUUCUAGAAUAUUCCGAAGCUUGUCCUCUCCUUUUACACACCAUACUAGUUAUUAGUUUGGGAGGUAAGCCAGAGCAUGUGGAACUUUUCUCAAAGGUCGUUGACAGCGUUCGCACGAUGUCAUAUGACUCAAUGAAACCGGAACAUCUAUCGCUUCAAUCCAUGCAAGCACUCUUGUUGCUAUGUUACUGGCCUUUGCCAUAUUCAAAGAGAAUCGAGGAUCCAUUGCAUUCAUUCAUCGCCAUUGCAACCCAUAUGGGCUACCGACUGGGUCUUCACCGGCCAUCCCAUUUCGCAAUGGACUUUGAAAACAAAACCCUACUUGAUGGAAACAUAGCUAUUCUCGGACGAAUCACCUGGGCUGUCUGUUUCAUAAUGAAUGUCAGCGUCACAAGUCAACUCGGACUCCCUACCACUAUUCGCUUGGACAGAGGUCUUUUGGAAAUUCUAGCAGCGAAACCAGACUGGUUGCCAGAUACACUUUAUUAUCAGCUACAUAUUUCACGACAGGCGUUCAAUAUUGCGUCAACCCUCGAAGACUGCGGCUCUUUAUCUAACGAUGGCUUAUCAUCAGACCAGCUACCAGUAAUUCGUGUCUUUGAUACGGAGUUAAAAGCCCUCGAAUACCGCUUUUCUACGUCAUGGUCGCUAUCCGAUCAUCUUACUUUCCUGGGUUGUCGAAUGAUGCUAUACACCCUUGCUCUGACUGCAAUAUCAGAAAGUCUAGAAAAUGAUGACAGAAAUCAUGUCCUCGGUGUCGAGUCACCAUCUCACUGGGUGACCCAAGGGUAUCUCACAGCGAUAGCUACCAUUCGUACAGCGGCCUCCAUGCGAGACAAAUUAUUGACCUCCCCUACUCGUCUACAUAAGCUACUCAUGAAUGCAGUGUGUUAUCUUCUUCUACUAAAAUGCUCGAGAUACCAAGACCUUGUCGUAAGCACCACCCUCUCCAGUGGAAUUAGUCAAGGUUGGAACAUAUUACGAGGGUUGUCAAUAACACCUGGAGACUUCACCUCACGCGCGUGUCUCAUCCUUGAGCGUUUAGCGCGGUACAGUGAGAUGCUGCAACCACAAGAUAGAACGAAUGGCCUGCUUGUCCUGAAAUCUCGGAUGGGUGCGAAUAUUGCGUUCAGUACAGCGCUCAGAACAAGAGAAUUUUCAAGGAAAAUUCAGCAUUAUCAAGCGUCCAGCGAAAGUGACACAAUAGAGCAGCAUGCCGAUAAUUUAGGUAUUGAAGACCAGAGCUUCUCUAUGGAGAGCAGCUGGGAAGAUUUGUUUCUUGAUAUGGAAAUGUGGACGCGUUCCGUUGAAUGACAUCGUUAUAUCACCAAGGUCAAUAAAUACACAUCAUUAGGACUAGUUGACCUCUACCAUUUCGGACAUCCAGUAGGAUGGCCAUUUUAGUCUUAAGAUAUCUCUGGGCUAACAAUAUGCAAACUGUAUUUAUUUUCUUUUUGGAUUCAGUGGUUGUCGUCUGCUGAAUUCCACAAGAACAUUGGUCUCUCUUUAUGAUUGUCUGCAUCUGUAAUACUACCACUCCAUACUGGGUUUUGAUGUGCUGAGAUAUCAACAAAUUUCUGGGAAAACGAGAGGUAUUUAGCCUCAUAUGGGAUAGUGAUAAAGUCUAUCUUACUUCCAACAAUGUGUUCAUCUUUGCAUUCCGCCUAGGAAAGUGGCCUCAGCAACUCUUCAAUGG